AUGACAUAUUCAUCGCAAUCAUUAUUAGCAGUGGGAAUUGGAUGCCUUUUAAUAGGUUAUUUGUUUGGAAGUAGAAAAAAUAAGAAAAACCACGUUUUGGUUUUAGUGGUUAGAAAUGAUCUUGGAAUGGGAAAAGGCAAAGUUGCCGCCCAGUGUUCUCAUGCAACAUUAGGUUGUUACAAAAAAUUAAAAAAGAUAAAUUCUGAGUUAUUAGAGGCUUGGGAGAUACAAGGACAACCUAAAGUAGUAUUAAAGGUUAACAGUAGAGAAGAAUUGUCAUUAUUAGAAGGAAAAGCCAAAAGUCUUAAUUUGAUAACAAAAAUUAUUAGUGAUGCUGGCCGGACUCAAGUUGAACCUGGAUCUCAAACUGUAUUAGGAAUUGGUCCAGGACCUGUAAAAUUGGUUAAUCAAGUUACUGGAGAUUUGAAAUUGUAUUAA